AGGGGGGUGAGAAAGAGAGCGAGAGAGAGAGGAAAACCCUGGUGCGCACGGGAGCAAAGGGGGAGUAUCCCGAGGUGAGGAGGAGAGAAUAGAAGAGAGGAAAGAGGGAUAAAUAGCAGAAGAGAGGAGACGGGGGACACACGCUGCAGCAACCGGGGAUGCAUACGCAUCCAACAUCAAGAUAACGCAGGAGUUUAAUCUCAAUUAGAUGCCAGUCUGAUCACUGGGAUUUUCUCUGCACGCACGGCCAACUUUUUUUUUUCUUCGCCUUUCGGCUUGACAUUCGCUCACUUGCUCAUAUAGAGGCUCUCUACUCAUCACUUGGAACUCGACUUGGAGCUCCUACACUGCAAACAGGAUCUGGUGUGUUAUCUGUGAUGGGGGCAGCGGCCGAGGUUGGGAGCUUCGCCAACGGAUUCUUGGACAGCUUUGGUGCCGCUCCGGCUCCCGUUGGCUCUCAGUUUAUUCUCACCCCUGCCGGGGCGGUGGACUACAAUUCGGCGACCGGAUUGAUAAUGGGGGGACAGGGACAACAGCAAGAGCACCUAAUGUCUGCGGAGAGGCUGUCCCGGAGCCUGGCGGACCUCAGCCAUCUGAAGGGGAUUCUGAGGCGGAGGCAGCUGUACUGCAGGACCGGGUUCCACCUGGAGAUUCAUCCUGACGGCACCGUGCAGGGCACCAGGAAAGACCACAGCAGAUUCGGUAUACUGGAAUUCAUCAGUUUAGCUGUGGGACUCGUCAGCAUCAAAGGGGUGGACAGUGGCCUUUACCUUGCCAUGAACAGCAAGGGAGAAUUGUACGGCUCUGAGAAGCUGUCAGCAGAAUGCGUUUUCAGAGAGCAGUUUGAAGAAAACUGGUACAACACCUACUCCUCUAAUAUCUAUCGGCAUGGAGAGAAAGGUUCAUUUUAUUUUGUUGCUUUGAACAAAGAUGGGACGUCCCGUGAUGGAACAAGAUCAAGGAGGCAUCAGAGGUUCACUCACUUCCUACCAAGACCUGUAGAUCCAGAAAGAGUUCCAGAGCUGUACAGAGACAUACUGGGUCAGAGCUGAGGCAGAAUGAAUUAGCUGGUGAAAAGCAAGGUUAAAAGCAGAGGUGCACCCGAAGCCAUCCCCUUAAGGGAGAUGGAUGAUCUUGUUUAUGUGGACAAAAUAGGAUCGUAAAAGUGCACCAAAUCAACACUCCCCACUGCUGGCAUGGAGGAAGGAAAGAAAACCCGACUAGCUGGGGAGUGUGACUGAACAGCAUCAGGGAUCUUCUGUGGAACCUGUGAAGACCCCCAUGACAGAGACUGCUGGGGCUCCACAUAUUUUCACCUUAUCAGCCUAUGCAAAAGCCCUGGUGGCCAAAUGGAUGAUCUUUAAAUUUUAUUAAGUUUCACUAAUGAAAUCCAACUAUCUGCUUGCCCAGACUGCAUGUUCAAAAGGACAAACAUGUGAACUUGAUAGCUGAGAUUAACCACUGGCUGCUAGUAACCUUUUACUGCUGUGUCUUGUCAAUUUUGAUGUUUUGAGUUGACCUUUUAUUCCAACAUUACUGUGGCUGCUAAGUAAACAAAUAAUUUACAUGCAAAAUUCACUAUACAGUGUGGCUGGUUUACAUUUUUAAAAAAAGUUCAUGCACUGGAAAGCGGCCACAUUUGUUCUGCAAAACGGGUCUUAGAGCUGGGAUAAUCACCUGUACUGAAAUGACUGUUGUGAUGGCAUGGGUGAAGUACCCUUUGAAAUCAAUCCAGACUUUGAUUUUUCUGCAAAAUGCAUGAGGAGGAAGAGAAGAAUAACAGUGUCCUGUGUGUGGGAUGGUGUGUUUUGUAAUGGAGCUCUUAUGGAAGCCAGUGAAGGAAUUCCGACUGCUGUCAAACAACGGAUGGGACUGACAAAGACACCUUUACAGACAUUUUGAAAUCUUUAUUCUUAUUUAUGAGUUUUCCUUUCCAAGGACAUACAGUAUAUUUAUUUCAUAUAUUUAUUUAUUUUGAGACUAUAUUUUUACAGCUAUGAGAUAAAAUAAAAUAAAAACAUCCAGAAUAUGCAAGAGAUUUUUCUUAUUUAUUUUAUCAUCAUAGUAUAAACUGUUGUUUUGUGGUCAUUGAAGGAGGUCUUUUCAUAGUUUUUGAGACUUUGUGUUCUGUAUAUUGGCGCUAUGAUUUCUUAAACUGCAGUAUCGAUCAUAUCAGUCUUUCCAAUCUUUCCAGUGCUUUGUCUGUUUGAGCCAAUGUGGUAAACUUAAUCUGCAUGUUGGCAAUGAUAUUAAAAACGUUGACUUC